AUGGCCAUCAAAUAUUUGAUCCUUCUAUCGAAACAGGGGAAGGUGCGGCUUUCCAAAUGGUACAUAGCCGUCAGUCAGAAGGAGAAACAGCGGAUUAUCCGUGAAUUGACCGCCAUCAUCCCGCUCCGCAAACCGAAAAUGUGCAAUGUGCUGGAACACAAGGACUCGAAACUCAUAUACCGCAGAUACGCAAGCUUGUUCUUCAUCGCGUGCGUGGAAAACGACGAUAACGAGCUGAUCACGCUCGAUCUGAUCCAGCGCUACGUCGAAAUCAUGGACAAAACUUACGGCAGCGUGUGCGAGCUCGAUAUCAUCUUUAACUUCCAGGUGGCGUAUCACGUGAUCGACGAGCUCGUGAUCGACGGCGUCAUUCAGGAGAGCAGUGCGGUGGAGGUUCUGAAGCGCGUAAGUCGCCAGGACCAGGAGGAGAUCGGCGAGCAGGUCGAGAGAGCCGUCGGCAUUAGAUGUCUGUCGACGCCUGUUGACCCUAAAUCCAAGGCCAACUCGUUGAUCGACUCGCUCCCAGGUAACUCAUUCCUUUCCAAGACCGGAAUCCUGGCCACCACUGCCGCCGCUUCUGUGUACGCCAUUUCCUCUGAGCUGUAUGUUGUCAACGACGAGUCCAUUUUGUUGGUGACAUUUCUUGGAUUUGUUGCACUUAUUUCCAAGGUUGUUGCUCCAUUGUACGGAGAGAUGGCCAAGAACCAGAUCGACAGUGUUGUUGGAAUCUUGAACAAGGCCAGAUCCGAGCACGUUGAUGCUGUCAAGAGCAGAAUUGACCAAGUUUCCAGCCUCAAGGACGUGGUUUCCACCACCAAGGCUCUUUUCGAGAUGUCCAAGGAGACUGCUGCUUUGGAGGCCGAGGCUUUCGAGCUCAAGCAGAAGGUUGCUGUUGCCUCUGAGGCCAAGUCUGUCUUGGACUCGUGGGUCAGAUACGAGGCCCAGGUUAGACAACACGAGCAAGAACAAUUGGCUUCCACCGUUAUUUCCAAGGUGCAAGCCGAGCUGCAAAACUCCAAGUUCCAGGACAAGGUUCUUACCCAGGCUGUUGACGAGGUCGAGAAGCUUUUCGCCAAGGAGAAAUAA